CGCUCAUUCUGCAAUCACCUAGCACAAUCAAUCUCCCCUCACAGUCAUGUAUUCCCAACCCACUCCCCUCACCAUGAAGAUGGUAGCCGACAAGCCUGCGCCUCCCGACACCUCCAAGUUCUACACAGUCUCCGACCUGCAGAAGGGCUUUCCCACUAAUGAAGCCGGCUGCUUCACCCCACUCACCAGCUGGUUCUGCAACCUCUUCACACCCACAGUUCCCGCUAUCGAACCCGACUACACCAUUGGACCCCGCCAACCGGCCCCAGCGUCCCCGUCCCCCUUCCCCGAGUGGACCCCACAGGAGCUCGAGACCCUGAUCACCCGCUGGACGUGCACCUACCCAGGCCCACACACGCACCCUCAGAACGUCGGCAUCUCGAGCCUGAUCUCGUUAGUGGACAGCAACUCCGCAACCAUCACCGACGCGGCGAACCUUCACUCGUCACUGAUCCACCGCCUGCGAAUGGACCACCACAUCGAGCUUCUAGCGCGGGACCUCGGCCUUCUAUGGGAGGAGCUCGACGUGCCCGCCAUCGAGGACUUCGAGCCGCCGCCCACGUGCCCGAUGACGACCGAGGCGCGGCGCCUCCUCCUCCAGUGCAAGGGCGAGUGGAAGGAGCGCGUCAUGCCACUCCCUGACGUUGGCGUCCGCAUGCGCUACAGGAAACCGAAGUACUGGAUCGUCUCGCUCAUGGCCAAGGCGGGGUGGUCGCCAGAGGUCGUCGAUGUUUGCAUGACUGCUUGGUUUGAGGAGAGGGGUGGGGAGCUGUUUGAGUAA